GAUUGCCAUGUUUCCAAUUUCUUUUUCGGUGGGAGUUUGAAUGAUGAAUUUUUAUUGAAUUCACAUCGCGAAGUCCUUAUCGAAAGAUGCUUCCAUCAGAGGAAAAUAGAAAUGGUGCAACGAAAGAUUUCAGUGGUAUAAGGAGGCGCCGAACCGGUGUGUAUAAAAUGGAUGAUUUUGGAAAAUCUUCAUCGGCAACUGAAACACUAAAAUUUGAACAAAGAUUCCUAAACUUUCCGUCUAUCGGUAAAAGAAAAAUUUCUGAGGAAGUUUUACCCCCGGGUAUACAAGGAUCCUUCAGGCAAAAAUCAGAAAAAACUACAUAUGAUUCCACUUUAACACUCAGUGGAUAUGCAAAAGUUAUGACGCAGUCAUUUGGGAAUAUAUUGUCAAAAAAGAUGGCUGCUACGUCCUCGCAACCGUCAAUUCCUUGGCCAAAUACUAAGGAUGAUUAUGAACUGGGAAAAGUAAUAGGUGUUGGUGCUACAGCGGUUGUGCAUGGUGCUUUUUGUAAAUCUAGAAGUGAGAAAUGUGCUAUCAAGAGGAUAAACUUGGAAAAAUGGAACACUUCUAUGGACGAACUCUUGAAAGAAAUCCAAGCAAUGUCCAGCUGCAAUCACGAAAACGUUGUAACUUAUUACACCAGCUUUGUUGUCAGGGAGGAAUUGUGGCUCGUUCUGAAAUUACUUGAAGGUGGGAGUUUGCUUGACAUCAUAAAGCAUAAAAUGAGAUCCACUAAUUGCAAACAUGGAGUAUUUGACGAAGCUACUAUUGCCACUGUGUUGAGAGAGGUUCUUAAAGGUUUGGAAUAUUUUCACAGUAAUGGUCAGAUUCAUAGGGAUAUUAAAGCAGGAAAUAUUCUAUUGGGGGAAGAUGGUACAGUUCAAAUUGCCGAUUUUGGAGUUUCAGCUUGGUUAGCCACUGGUAGAGAUUUGUCCAGACAAAAAGUCAGACACACCUUUGUGGGAACUCCAUGUUGGAUGGCUCCAGAAGUCAUGGAGCAGGAUCAUGGAUAUGAUUUCAAAGCAGAUAUUUGGUCAUUUGGCAUAACUGCCAUUGAAAUGGCCACAGGAACUGCACCUUACCACAAGUAUCCUCCUAUGAAAGUCUUGAUGCUAACACUACAGAAUGACCCUCCUAACCUAGAUACUGGAGCAGAGGAUAAGGAUUGCUAUAAGGCGUACGGGAAGACUUUCAGGAAGAUGAUAACAGAUUGUUUGCAAAAAGAGCCUGCUAAGAGACCAACAGCUGCCGAAUUACUGAAACAUCCGUUUUUCAAAAAGGCCAAGGAUAAGAAAUAUUUACAACAAACUUUAGUCGCUAUAGGUCCUAGUUUAGAAACAAGAGUGCAAAAGGCAUCAAAAAGACAGCCAGGGGCUUCAGGAAGGUUACAUCGGAAAGAAACUGGAGAGUGGGUUUGGUCGAGCGAGGAUGAAGGGGACGAUGGGGGUUCUAGUGAAAGUGACACAGACUCCAAGCCAAUGAACACUUUGGCUUCAAUUGGAUCUUCUGGAUCGGAUCAUGAGAGCAGCGAAGGAGACGCUCCACCUGUCAAUUUGGUAUUGAGGAUGAGGAAUGCCAAAAGGGAACUGAAUGAUAUCCGAUUUGAAUUCGCCGUUGGAAAAGAUUCAGCAGAAGGGAUCGCCACCGAGCUUGUCGGUGCUGGUUUGGUGGACAGUAAGGAUAUUUUCGUGAUAACAGAGAAUUUGCAGAAACUUAUUGAGGGAAGAGAAGUGCUUAGAGUUGUUACUUUCCCUUUGCAAUCCACGUUGGGUUCUAACGAACAACCAGACGACAAGUCCCUGAUAGGAUAUGCGCAGAUUUCGAUAACUGAUUGAUAAAAGGCUGUCCACCAUUCGUUUUUGGUAGGCAUAAGCAGAAUUUAGUCCAGUUGCAGUGGCCUCCUGAGAUCUCUUGCAUUUGAUUCCAACACCAUAUUGUCCUUUUACGUUUCUUUUGAGAAACAAUAAUAUAUGGAGGAUAGACUGAAACUAGAUAUACGGUUUUUGUUCCUGUUUCGUCGUUUUUUCGACCGCAAAAUCCGUCGAAAACUACUCAGCUAGAAAUUCGCGUAUAUUUUAUCUUGGAGAUGUAGAAGUUAGAACAUAUCACAUGUUUUUGAAUGUUUUUUAUGUUUGCUAUUAUCCUUAUCCAUAGUUAGUUAAAAUUAGGGAUUCAUGCAUGGAAUUAUGGCUUUUUUAAUUUCAGUGGAAAGCGAUCGAUUUAUAGUAUGAUAAAAAGUUGUUCCUUAUGUGUAUUAUCCCAUAAUUUUCGCUGUUAUGCUCUGUAUAUUUGAAAUCUAUUGAUCAAUGUAAAUGGAUGUAGAUAUUACCUUAGAAAAGUGCUAUUUUUAUUCUGAUAAUUAUUGGAGAGCUUUUCUAUAUAUUUUGUCUUUAUUCACGGUGAAAAUUUAGUAUUUGUUACAACUUUUUCGUGUUCCUCAUUUUAUUUGUUCGCAUCGUUCAAAGCAUGAAUAUGCUGUGGUACAAAAAGCUGUGUACUUAAUAUAUUCGUUGCAUCUUUCAA